UUUAGGAGUUAGGGUCAUUAUGACCAAAAUGUGACCAUUGUCAAUAAAUAUUGUCACGUCUUUCUAGUGAAGUGAUGUGAUAGGACAGUUAUAUUUUUGCUACCCUUAAAACUGAUCUUGAUACAAGCCAUCAAAGUCUGUUAGAGGGUUAUGUCAAGAAAAACAUUGCCCUAAAAAGUGGAGGUGACCUUGGGGUUGGGUUUAUAAUAAGUCAGAUAUAACCACAUAUAAAAGCAGUGGCCAGCCACAACUGGAGACUAGUGGAUUCCUCUGAUCAGCCAGAUCAAAGGACAUGGUGGGACAUUCAAGUGUACCCUUAGGUGUGGCACUAGUGCUGCUGGGUUGCUAUGCUGGAAACUUGGUGGUAGCUCAGAAGGGUGCUCAGCACCCUCAGCCGUCCUUUCCGGCAUAUCCACCUCCACAAGACCCCCAGCCACCAAAGCCACCAACCUGGCCGGCAUAUCCACCUCCACAAGACCCCCAGCCACCAAAGGCACCAUCCUGGCCGGCAUAUCCACCUCCACAAGACCCUCAGCCACCAAAGCCACCAACCUGGCCGGCAUAUCCACCUCCACAAGACCCUCAGCCACCAAAGGCACCAUCCAGGCCGGCAUAUCCACCUCCACAAGACCCCCAGCCACCAAAGGCACCAUCCUGGCCGGCAUAUCCACCUCCACAAGACCCUCAGCCACCAAAGAUACCAUCCAGGCCGGCAUAUCCACCUCCACAAGACCCCCAGCCACCAAAGACACCAUCCUGGCCGGCACAUCCACCUCCACAGUACCAGCAGCCACCAAAGGCACCAGAACAUCCGCCUCCACAGUACCAGCAGCCACCAAAGGCACCAGAACAUCCGCCUCCACAGUACCAGCAGCCACCAAAGGCCCCGGCACGUCCGCCUCCACAGUACCAGCAGCCACCAAAGGCACCAGAACAUCCGCCUCCACAGUACCAGCAGCCACCAAAGGCCCCGGCACAUCCGCCUCCACAGUACCAGCAGCCACCAAAGGCCCCGGCACAUCCGCCUCCACAGUACCAGCAGCCACCAAAGGCCCCGGCACAUCCGCCUCCACAGUACCAGCAGCCACCAAAGGCCCCGGCACAUCCGCCUCCACAGUACCAGCAGCCACCAAAGGCACCAGAAUAUCCAAAGCAACCACCCUGGCCAGCACAACGACCCCCAACGAAGCCCUCUCAGGUUCAGUUUGAUGCAGCUGGUAAAGGGCAAAAUUUGCAGAAUCCAGGACAAGUAAUGUCUCCUAAUCCCCAAAGCUGUGAGGUGGACAUACCCCUGAGGGUUCCCUGCGGAGGGCCUGAAAUAUCACCCGCUGCUUGUAUGGAGAUCCAUUGCUGCUCUGACAUAAAUGGAUGCUACUAUGGAAAAGCAGUGACCGUCCAGUGCACCAAGGAUGCCAGCUUCAUUGUAGUCGCUGCCCGGGAUGCCACUCUUCCCAACAUCGACCUGGAUUCCAUUUCUCUGAUGAGCUCAGAGCCUGAUUGCACUCAUGUUGACUUUAAUUCAGUCUUUGCAAUCUACCACUUUCCUGUAACUUCCUGUGGCUCCGUUGUUAUGGAAGACCAAGGAUCUAUAAUCUAUGAGAACAGGUUGUUCUCCACCUACGAAUUGGGUGUCGGACCCUUGGGAAGCAUCACCAGGGACAGCUACUAUGAAGUGCGCUUCCGGUGUAUAUACCGUGGGGUUUCUGUGGAAACACUGAUGAGUGAAACAAUGAAACUGGCAGAGCCUAUAGCCAUAGCUCCAGUGAUUGGUCCCAUUCAAGUGGAGCUAAGAUUGGGAAAUGGAGUAUGCACGACGAAGGGCUGUGGUGCAGUGGAUGUUGCAUAUGACUCAUACUACGUGGAUUCAGACUAUCCUGUUACCAAAGUGUUGAGGGAUCCAGUUUAUAUAGAAGUGCGUCUCCUGAACAUGAUGGAUCCUAGGCUUAUUCUGACUCUGGGUCGCUGCUGGACCACCACCCAACUCAACCCACACAGCCUGCCCCAGUGGGACAUCCUCAUUGAAGGAUGUCCAAACCAGGGCGACCGUUACCUGUCCACUCUGAUUCCUAUCGGUCCUUCAUCUGGCCUGCCGUUCCCAAGUCACUACAGGCGUUUCAUUUUCCAGAUGUUUACCUUUGUGGAUCAGGAAAUGAGCCCCCUUAAGGAGCAGGUUUAUAUCCAUUGCAGCACUGAAGUGUGCACACCUGGACAAGGCGAACAAUGUGAACCCAGCUGUGGUGGCAGAAAAAAAAAGAGGGACGUUGCUGCGACCGCUGUGGCGAAGGAGCCCAGGAUGGUGAUGACCGUUGGGCCGCUGCUGAUGGGUCGGGUAGAGGAGGCCCAUCAGGUCCCAUAAUGAAUACGAGUGGUUUCAACGUUAAUAUUGUGCACAACCAUUUAUGUUUUAAAUUAUUCUUAUGCAUGAAAUUAAACCAGAUGGCUAAUCACACGAUUCAAAGUUUUGUAAUUUCUUCUGCACAAAGAACAUUUUUACUGCAAGAACGACAAAGCUCACAGAGCUUUGUCGUUCACUCAUUGAAUCGUUCACUCAUUGAAUAGAUUAUCAAAAUCUAUGGUUGACGUUAUUAAAUACAUUGUGACAGAGCUCGACACGUCUGUCAUUCUCCCAGCACGCUGACUCUCUAUACAAGAAAUCCCAGUAGCGCCUCCACCUGCUUAGGAAGCUCAGAGUUUUUAAUGUCAGCAAUGACAUUUUAACAGGGUUUACUGUUCACUCAUUGAAUCCAUACUUUCAGGAACUCAGCCUGGUACAACACCGUCACCAUCAAGCACAAAACAAAACUUGCCCGGAUAGUAAAUCAAGCCGGCAAAUAAUUGUCUUUCCCCAAGCCCCAACAGCCAAUACAAUCACACAGGACCCCACCCACCCCCUCCGCCAAUCCUUUGAGUUACUUCCAUCAGGUCGACGCUUGGCACGAAAAAACAUCAGCAAAAAAUCUUUUAUCCCCAUUGCCAUCAGCACACUGAACAGUCACAAAUGGGCAACAUAUCGUACUCCAUUAAGUCAUCCCUUUGCACGGCUUGCAUUCUUUUGCAUUCAAUUAUUGUCAUUAUUUUGUCUUGUAGUAUGUAUUUAUUUCUUGUAAAUUGAACGUGCUCUGUCAAAGACGAAUUUCUGUCACUUGUGACAGACAAUAAAGUUCUUAUCUUAUCUUGGUCUUAUCUUAUA